UUAACAAUACCACACCCACUUAGCAGACAGGAAGUGUGCAUGGUUUCAUAGCAUUGGCGAAGCUUGUACUGCGCCAUCUCUCCUGUAUCCAGUAUCUCUGGAGCUAUGCUGCUGACUGAGCCAUCUCUGCUGUAUCUAGUAUCUCUGGAGCUAUGCUGCUGACGUGUAGCUAGGUGUGGUUGAAUGCAGAGGUUUUAUGAAGACGUGUGAGUGACUUGCAAAGCAACUAUGGGUAAAAGGAAAGUGCCAGAUCUGUACAGAGCCCCCUUUCCACUAUAUUCCAUUAAAGUGGACCCUAGAACAGGGCUGGUGAUCACAGCAGGAGGAGGAGGGAGCUCCAGGACCGGCAUAAAGAAUGCUGUGCAAUUCCUGGAUCUCCAGCUGGUUGGAGAACACCAGUUCAGUGCCAGUCUCCUUCACUCUCAUGAUACCGACACACGCGCCACCAUGAACAUGGCCAUAGGUGACGGUGUGAUUGCUGCAGGACAGGACGGGACCUGCUGUCUGAUGAAGUUUAAACACUGCACACAGAAGGAAAAAGACAAAGCUGCUGAUAAAAAUGCAGGGAGCAGCGCGGCGCAGGGUAAUGCCAGGCGACGAGCUGGGAAGAAAGACAAAGCUGGAGAGGAUGAAGCUGCAGCAUCUGGAGACAUGUCAGAUAUGAAGGAUGAGACGGCUCAUAUCUCUGUGACUAGUUUGGCUGAAGUGCAGUCAGACCUGAACCCCAAGGACCCACUCCAAAAGGUGGUCCGGUUCAGCCCUGACUUGAGCCUUUUGCUGACAGGUGGCACAGAUGGACACAUACGAGUGUGGGAGUUUCCAUCCCUGAAGAAGAAGUAUGACUUCAAAGCCCAUGAGGGGGAGAUUGAAGACUUGGAUAUGAGUCCAGGGAACAAGCACCUGGUGACUAUUGGCCGAGAUUUCUCCUGCAGCGUAUGGAGUGGCAGCCAGUUGUCUAUGAGUCUUAAAUGGCUUGAAACCAUGCCUCAGAUAGCUGAGAAGACUUAUCGAUAUAUGGCUUGCAGGUUUGGGAAGGUAGAAGACCAAAAAGAUGCCCUGAGGCUUUAUACAGUCCAGAUCCCCCAUAAACGAGACAGAAAACCUCCUCCUUGCUACCUCACCAAGUGGGAUGGCAAGAGCCUCCUGCCCAUGCUGACAGCUCCCUUUGACACUGAAGUUGUCUCCUGUCUGGCCGUCAGUGACUCUGGCACCUUUCUUGGCCUUGGAACUGUGACAGGCUCAGUGGCAAUCUAUAUCGCUUUCUCCCUACAGAAGCUGUAUUUUGUGCAGGAAUCCCAUGGCAUUGUUGUGACAGACUUGGCCUUCCUGCCUGACGUGCUGAAAGGCAAAAAUAUCAAAGGGAAUAAUGAAAUAGCCAUGUUGAGUGUAGCUGUGGACAGUCGCUGUCAAAUACAUGCUGUCCCCAACCAAAGAUCCUUUCCUAUCUGGCUUGUGCUGUUCUUCUGUGGCCUCAUGGUUGUGGGGAUCAUCGUCCUCCUACAGUACCUCUUUCCAGGAUUUAUUUAAAUCAUGCAAGUGUUGUCACAGGUCAGGGUUUAUGGAGCUUGGAAACAUCUUCACAUGACUUAUUCACUCUUGACAUCAGCAGCCCUCAGUCCAACAUCAAAACCUCUGAGUGCUGCAUCACAUCUCCCAGCUGAGCCUAUGAAGGGUCCAGCUGCAGCGCCCACUCUGAACAGCUUUUAUGGUGCCCUGACAUUCCUCAGCUCUUACUCAGGGUUGUUCCUCUCAGACCUGUAAACCCAGUGGAAUCAAACCAGGAUAAACUGGGAGAUUUUAUGUUGAUCUAUACCAAUUACUCUUAAUCUUAUUCGGAUUCAUGGUGGAGAGCAGAAGGGUUCAGGUUUAUUAAUCUUUAAAGUCUGGGAUCUUUUUAUUGACAUGUUUAAGGAAGAAUGUAAAACUAUAUAAAUGGUUGAUUCUUAAUGUGUCUCGUUUUAUUUUUUGUUUACACAUAGACACUUUGAAUUGUCCAUUAGUCCCUGAAUAACAUCUUUUUAUGUUUUACAUUGUAUCUGGUAGUGGGCAGCAGAGAGCGGACAGUCCUCUGGUAAAGGACUGUCAUUCAAAUAUUACAUCAUUCAUUUUUCUCUGUGUGAGGGCUGUUUCUUUUAAGAAUAUUUUUGUCUAGGUAGUAAAACUGAAGGUGGACAGGAAAGGAGGGAGAGUGACAUGAGUUGGAAUCAAACCCAGGCUGCUGUUAAGCACUCAGUCUUAGUACAUGGGACGUAUGCUCUACCGGGGCGCCCCAGUAUAAUGUUGUUUUUUAAUUCAACCCUGAUUCCAGAGGAAUUGGUGUGCUGUGAAGACGGUAGAUUAAAAAAAGAAACAUCACCUACCUUCAAUUGAAUAUAGUACAAACAUGGAAUUUUAUUUUUAAACUGAUUAACUUUUUUGUUGUUUUUUUGCAUUUUGCACAGCAUCCCAAUUCUUUGAAAUCGGUGUAUAUCAGCAAAACAACAUAAGUUUCUAUAAGCAUAUAAGAAGCAGGGAGAUGUGUAAACUUAAUGUAAAUGUUAUUACAGUAAGAGUUGGACAUUUCCCUUUUUUAUGAAGACUUAAUUUAAACAAUGACUGUAAAGGUUGCCUAGCAGAUGUACAAAAAUGUGAAUACAUUUUUUUAAAAUGAUGCCCAUAUAAUCGCUACUAACUUGAUUGAAGAAAUGCAAUAUUAAAAAAGGUAGAUUAUAAGGAAAAAAAUCACUUUUGGUCUCUGUGCUUUAUGCUUUGCAAUCCAGUCUGGUCUAUAAACUUUACAACAAUAAAAAAAUGAAGUAAAAA